ACAUUUAGAUUCAGUAGUGAUUAAUUUAUUGAACAAAUUUACAACCAUUUUUUUAUUUCAUCACUUCAAUUUAGUUUUUCUUUUGAUAAUUCGAUUGUAUAUAGUUUGUUUGUCGCAUAGCAUCGAUAUAAAAUAUUAAUUGAAAGUAAUCAAAUUAUUAAUUAUAUAAAAUAAAAAAAUAUUGUGUAACUAAAAAAAAGGCAAAAAUGUUUUCAAGUGGUCCAAACUAUUCGAAAUUGAAGACAAAUCUUCGAUUAGCUGUAAAUCGCCUGAGAUUAUUGGAAAAGAAAAAAACCGAACUGGCACAGAAAUCGCGUAAAGAGAUUGCCGAUUAUCUGAGCACGGGCAAAAUUGAACGAGCCAAAAUUCGCGUUGAACACAUCAUUCGCGAAGAUUAUUUGGUUGAAGGCAUGGAAGUCGUUGAAAUGUAUUGCGAUUUAUUGCUGGCAAGAUAUGGUCUAUUGCAGCAAAUGAAAGAAUUGGAUGAGAAUAUUGCUGAACCAGUGGCCAGUUUAAUUUGGGUUUCACCCAGACUACAAGCAGAAGUUGAAGAGUUGCGUGUCAUUGCCGAUAUAUUGACCACGAAAUAUGGUAAAGAAUAUGCUGAAAAAGCCCGAACAGCCACUGGUGAACAUACAGUUUCCGAAAAACUUAUGCACAAAUUGUCCAUACAAGCACCACCAAAAUUAUUGGUUGAAAAGUAUUUAAUCGAAAUUGCAAAAAUCUAUAAUAUUGAAUAUGAGCCAGAUCCACAAGUAAUGAAAGAAGAAGGUCGUCCACUUGGUUUAGAUGGUAUGCUUAUUGAUUUGCAACCGGGCAGCAAUAAUUUGGGUGGUGGGGGAGGAGGUGGAAAUGCUCAACCACCAAUGGGUUUCAUUGAUUUUCCACAGCCACCAGCCUUGCCAGUGUUGCCUCAGCAAACCGCUUUCAACUAUCCAACACCGGGCAGCAGUUCAACUCACAGUGCUCCGCCAUUCAAUUACAAUAUUCCACCGUAUCCCCCAUUGGAUCAAGAGAAAAAGGAUUUGAACACUCAAUUUUUAUCGGGAGAAAAUAGUAAUUUUCCACCUCCUUAUUCAGUUCAUCCGGACGAUGAUGUUCAAUUUCGCUCGAUUCAACCAAGACCACCAUCCUAUUCAACUAUUGGCAAACCUAAUCCACCCGUUGAUCAGAAUUUGAAUAACACCCCAAAGCCACAGCCAAGAUCAAAGAUGUCACCGCCACCACCAUCAGCGUCUGCACCGCCAUCAUUUAAUGAUGAUUUGUCGAAUUUACCGAAUGUACCAUUGGACAAUUUACCGGAUGUUCCAUCAUCAUCUGAAGGAAACAACAACGAAGAUGAGAUUGAUUUUGAUGACCUAUCUAGACGCUUUGAAGAGCUCAAAAAAAAGAAAUAACUUUGCCUAAACGAAAAAGAUUUCCUUAGCGGUUUUACCAAUACUGGAAACUAUGAUCCAAGUCAUAAACGAAAAAGAAACAUUCUUAUGACGUGUUCCAUUUAAAACUUUCUUUAAAAUUAACUUUAGUAAUGUAUUUAAAGAGUUCGUUGUCAAAUACAAUUGAACGGAAUAUUAUUUGAAGAUGGAAACAAAAAUUAUAAAAUAUAUAUAUUUUUUUCUCAGAA